CACUGCCCUGUAGCAUUCCCUCUGCUUCACGGAGCGCACUGUCCGAAAUUCCACUGGCCCGCCCCCGAGGGCAUCCGCUUGCCUGUGUUUUGUCACGAUGCCUUUCACCCCCGAACGCAGGAGCGACCGGCCCUCGUUGUCGCGUCGCAACAACCGCCACAAUCAACCCACCGACGAGCAUCCCUCCCCCUUCGGAAGAGCUCGCCAGGCUCAUCUUGCAGACCAUUUCGACGCGUCUUUGGGCCUCAGCCCUCCCUACGAAUCCAACUCGCCCCGUCGUCGCCGGAACUUCAGCCAAACCAAUUCCUUACGAGGUGCAUUCGCGUUCGCCUCACGUCUUGACAGUAUGCCGGACCGAGAAGCUGCAGCUGCCGACGCAUCAGCUGGGUACGGCUCGUAUGGACGAAAUCGAGAUCCCUUCCUUCUGUCGUCUCCGGUAUCGAACCCUCCGAACGAGCUCGCGGAAACGUACCGCCAAAUCGACGAUGCGGGUAGCCUCAUUGACGAGGACCCAUUGGAUGCAGACUUCCAGCCGGCGAGCCUUCGCGGUAACCGUAGUCGCGGGUCGUCGUCGGCGUCGGCGAGGAAGAGGACUGACUGGUUCACCUCCUAUAGCCCGGACUUCUUGAACGACGUACCGGACGAAUCCUCCCGCCGGAAACAGGUGGACCGUGUCGACGACGAGCGGCGCUUGAAAAGGGCUACAUCCAGUCGGUCGCCUGUUCUCAGCAAUGCAGGGACUCGAGACGCCUUGACUUCGGAAAACCUGCAGCGACGCGACGAAGAGGGAGAGAUCCAGGGAGGGGCAAUGGAUAUGGAAGACGAUGACAACGAGCCCAGGCCUGCGUUCCAUCCACCUCAGGGUUGGGGAUCCAAGGCGAAGUACCGUAGCGACUGGCUGAAGACUAUGACGCGACGCGACAACCUCCCGUUGGGUUCCACGGCGGAUAGGUCGAAAGACCCCUCACCUCCGAGGGUGAGGGCGGAUCGGGACACACAAAGUAAUUUGGAACGAGGGACCAUGGUCGGAGAACGCUCUACGGGACGAUACGACAGGGUCCCUCUCUCUGACGCGCAGAACAAGUUGUCUUCGGAACAGAGAGCCGAGAAAGUCACCGAGGGCGAACGGAUCCCCAACACACCGAUCACUCUAUACCCGAGCUCGACCUUCACCAAACGAAGCCCAACCAAGAGGGACUCACAGGAUCUACUCCGGAAAUUGUCACGGACUGAGAGCCCCGGGCAACGGAAUACCGAUGAGUUCAAAACCCCGGAAGCUCAGAAAGUCCAACAAAGGCCACGGAUCUACGACAAGACGCCAGUCGUUACUGGUGCUUGGAUUGAUACUCCGAUGACUGAGCGAGUGGACAAGUUUCCCGAAGAACUGUCGCGGGAUAUCGUGCCGUCGCCGCCGCAGAAUCACCGAUACGCGUCAUCUUUCCUGCCUCGAGAGUCCAGAAUUAGCGAGGUGUCAGAGCCAUCAGAGUCGGAGGCUCUAAUUAAGACAGACAAUGAAGACAAAGAACAAAAGCGACAAGAACCUGCUUUUGUCAAGAAAGAACCCGUGGUAGAGAACAAACCAAAGGACGACAAGACAGAAAAAGAUAUCGGAAAGGUUAGCAAAGAAGGCCAAGAAGAAGAACUGAAGAAGGGAAAGCAACAAGGAGAGCAACCGGAGGCAAGUCAGAAGGUCAAGCCGAAGAACAAAAAACCGUUGGUCAAGCCAGACCUGCCUAAGAGCGCACUUGAAACGGUAUUACAGGACUUUAAAGCUCACAAGAACAUGCUCGACGUGGGCGACGAUACGAUCGAGUCCCUUCAAGGACUUCUUGAGGGAAAGCCGAGUGAAAAUGCUACUGCGGAAGAGGAGGAUGCUGCGUACGAGAAGGCUAUUUUGAAGAAACUUGAGCUUGCAGGCUCCGGAGAUAACGAGACCGUGGAUCUAGAUCGCCUGAACGAGAAGCUGAAGUCGCUGGCGGAGAACAUACAAAAGGUGAAAUCGGGAUUAAAGAGCCUUGAGGAACAAGCCUCGCGCGACGCCGGUGUCUUGACCGCACCCUCAGCCAAGGGUUCACAAACUUCACGAGCAACCAUCUGCGCGAAGUGCCAGGCGGAGACUGAAGGUCGGGUUUACACAAUCAUCUCCUUUCCUCGGCUCUGGAAACGCGAUCCCAUCUCCCGACGCGUCCGUCCCACCGGCCUCGGAUGGUGCCUCCUCAUAUUUUUGGCCUGGUUAUACUCCGAAACCACCAUGUGCGACUACUACUGCCACCCCAUCAUCGCGAACGUCUGCGAGGGCAACUGUCUCCGGCACGAUGCACCUCAAUUCCCCUAUGUGAUUCCGACAAUGCUUUGGCGCUGGCUGAAUCUCUCGUCCAUGCUCGCACCGGUCUGGGCCAUUCUUAUUGCCACAGUCAGAUUCGUCGCCCUCUCCCUCGGCCUCUGGGACGGUUUCGUCGCGGAGCCCCCCCGGCCUCUGAACCUGUCGGGCGAGAUCCGCAUCCACGGAACCCGCGUUGUAAGUCUCGCACAAACCACAGCAGCAGCAAGCCGUGGUGGUGGUGGCGGUGGCUUCUUCUCGCCGUCGAAGUUGUGGGCCGGAAGAGACGACGAGCGACCGGUGGUUCCCGAAGCCGUUCCGGAAUUAGACUUGAAUGGGGGUGGGCGCAACCCCAGCCAGCGUCAUGGAGGAGGCCAUGCUGGAUCUGGUUCCUGGGACGACGACGGGUCCAUGGAUGAUGAUGAGAUUAUUUAGUUCAGUUACAAGCAGGUCACCCUUAGAUCAUAUAGCUUUCGUGAGGAGAUCCAUUAUUCGACGUCACAUUACUUCCCAGUGCAUGGUGUUUUGGGGGCCGGAAUAUGAUUCAUGACUUGGUAUCGAAAGGGAGGAAGGAAGCUCUACCAGUCUAUUAGCCUUUGUUUUUUUGAUCGCUACUACCUACUUGAGCAUCGUUUCGGCCUAAACUUUCUUCUCUGCAUUGCUUUGCAUCAUAGUUGAGUUGGUCAGGGUUUAAUCCGG